AUGGUGGUACAAACUAAUCCGGUCCCUGUCACGUAUCCAACAGAUGCUUAUAUCCCCACGUAUUUGCCCGAUGACAAGGUCUCCAAUCUGGCAGAUUUGAAAAAAUUGAUAGAAAUGGACUCCAGACUAGAUUUGUAUUUGACAAGAAGAAGGCUGGAUACGUCGAUCAAUUUACCUACAAACACCAAAGGCAAGGACCAUUCCUCUAACAGGGAGAUGCUGAGAAUUUAUGUCUACAACACCACAGAAAACAGCCCCCGCAACGAUUCUGACGCCCCAGCGGACCCAGGCAAGACUACUUGGACACUAAGAAUAGAAGGUAAACUGCUCCACGAGUCCACAAACGGGAAACACACGUUUAGUGAGUUUUUGGAAGGUAUCGCGGUUGAUUUUAAAAGACUCAAACCGUUGGGUAGAGGUAAGAAGAGGAAACACGAUUCGUCAUUGAGCCUUCCUUUGAACCUGCAACAGCCCGAGUACAACGACGAAGAUAUCACCAUGGGCGGUGACGACAACGGCGACGAUGAAGACAAUGGUGAGGAGGAAUCCAGGGAGGAGAUUGUGGACGCCCUAGAAUGGAACUACGACGAAAACAACGUUGUGGAGUUCGACGGUAUCGACAUCAAGAGACAAGGCAAGGAUAAUUUGCGAUGCAGUAUAACUAUCCAGUUGAAAGGUGUGGACGGUAGUAAAGUGGAAUACUCGCCCAACUUGGCCACCUUGAUAGGUAUGCAAACGGGCUCAGUUAAUGACGCGGUCUAUUCGAUCUACAAGUACAUUUUGAUCAACAAUCUAUUUGUUACUGAACAAACCAAGUCUCAAGAUAAUGCCAAUGAUGUCGAAGACAGCAGUAACGAGAAUAACAACAACAACAACAAAAACGGUGAUAGUGACGGCGAUGGCGGCGAGGGAAGUACCCCAAGGGAUAGGCCCGAAUUGGGUGAAGUGAAGCUAGAUUCACUCUUACAAAAAGUAUUGGACACAAACGCCACACAUCUCCCCUUGAUGAAUGUUGUUCAAAGCAUAAAUAAGUUAGUAUUACCGCUACCGCCCAUCAAGCUAGACUAUACUAUUGAUCUCGCCAAAGAUACCACCUACGGUGCUACCACCCUGGAUGUAGACGUAUCACAUAUUCUCCACAAACCUCAGCAGCCACAUUUUCAGAAAGGGGAAGAAACAGAUGCCGAAGACACAGCCAAACUGCGUGAAAUCACAAAGCUUGCCUUGCAGUUGAAUUCCAGUGCUCAAAAAUACCAGUUUUUCCAUGAAUUGUCUAUACAUCCGAGAGAAACGUUGACUCACUACUUAUGGUCUUCCAAGCAAAACGAGCUCGUGCUGCAGGGCGACCAAUACUUCAACGAAGACGCCGCAAGGACCAGUGACAUAUACAGUAACAACAACGAUGACAGAAUGCUGAUGGGCAAUAUCUCAGUGCUCUACUCCCAGGGGAGACUAUAA